GUCUAUUGGCCAAAUAAUCAACAUCAUGCCGUCAGUGUCGAUGAACAAAAGGACACUGUCCAGGAUAUUAUUGAGAAAACCGUGGCCAUGGUACCAUAUGCCCGUAAACCGAAUCCCCGUUAUUACGCCUUACGUCUACAGAAUAUGGUCACCAAAGAAACCCUAUGGAUGAAUAAAACAACGAAAAUCCAAAAGCUAUUGGAACACAUCUGGAAUUCAACAUGCCCGAAUACCGAAUGUCCACAACAAAAGUCGCAACAUAUACCGCCAACGGUCAAUGUCAAUGAUAAGUUUAGCGUUUGGAGGCCGGAGUUGCGUAUACGUUAUUUACCGCACAGCCUACGGGAACUAUUCAAUGAAGAUAAAAUCACAUGUUAUUUCUAUUUUGAUCAGGUUAAACAAGAUUUUAUACAAUCGAAUUCGACGAGUAUCGACUUUGAUAAUGCCAUACAAUUAUGUUGCCUCAGUAUGUUGCAUUAUUUUCGCAAUUUAACAGCGACAACAACAAUACCGGAUAAAAAAACGCAACAUGUAGAGCACAUAGACAAAGAAGUGGGAUUUAAUCAAUUUCUACCAAAAACUGUGAUAUCUUCAACAAAGCCAAAGAAUCUGAAAAAAGUGAUACUCGCAACAUAUAAAAAAUUAUACAAUUUAACCGAUAUCGAAUACAUUACCAAGUAUUUUGAUAUUUUGAAGAAUUUCUACGAAACCGAAUAUGAAAAGUUUUCCGUAACGCUGAGCUCAUCAUGGAACAUAUCGGGAUAUUUAUAUGUUGGACCGAAAAUAGGCAUUUCAUAUCAAACCCAUCCCCAGGCAAAUAUGACACAAGUGGCAACAUUUAAGGAUAUAAAUCGUAUUACCACAUUAUUUCUACCCAAAGACGAUGCACAUUCCAAUAAUGAGAAAAGUCUAUUGAAAUCAUUGACACCCAGUAUUGAUGAUCAUUUGGGUCAGGGUAAAUCCUGUCGAUGUCGUGAAAUGAAAACACAAGUUAAGAUAACCACCACGAGUAAUGAUGAAGAUCUGGUGAUAACAUGUAAUGGUUAUAAUACUGCCACAAGUAUUGCCGACUUAAUUGAGGGUUAUUGCCUUUUGAUUAGCAAUAAUCAAGUGUGUACUCUAUGGAAUCCCAUUGGUGGUAAUGGACGUAACGAUACAACCCUUAAUAAUGGUGGUGAUCAUGCAAAUGAAACGAAUUCUAGCGAAAAUUCUAAACCAAAAUUAAGUGAAGAUUAUGCUGAACUGGGUUUAGCCGAUGAGGAAGGAGAUUAUUCAACACCAGCUGUUAGAAAUUAUGAGUUGGAUCGUUCGGAAAUAACCCUAAAUAAUACAAUUGGUGUGGGCCAAUUUGGUGAUGUUUACAUUGGCACUUAUCACACCAAAGUUAAAUGUGGCAAGGGUGAUAAAAAUGAUGGCAAUUCUGCUGUUAUACAGGUGGCCGUAAAGACCUGUAAAACAAAUGAUGAUCCCGAAAAAAUGGAACGAUUUUUGGAGGAGGCAUAUGUCAUGCAAAAAUUCGAUCAUCCCCAUAUUAUACGUUUAAUUGGCAUCUGUAGUGAAUCACCCGUAUGGAUUGUCAUGGAAUUGGCUGAAUAUGGUGAAUUGCGUGCCUAUCUUAAAUCAAAUGCCGAAAAAUUAAGGCGGGAAACAUUGCUGCUGUAUUGUUAUCAGCUAUCAACGGCCCUUAGCUAUUUGGAAUCGAAGAAAUUUGUGCAUCGUGAUAUAGCCGCACGCAAUGUUUUAGUUAGCUCACCGACAUGCAUAAAGUUGGCUGAUUUCGGUUUAUCCCGCUGGGUAUCAGAACAAUCGUAUUAUCAUUCCAGUACAUGUAUGCUGCCAAUUAAAUGGAUGGCACCCGAAUCAAUUAAUUUUCGUCGAUUCACCAUUGCCAGCGAUGUGUGGAUGUUUGGUGUCUGUGCCUGGGAGAUAUUGAUGUUGGGCGUUAAACCAUUCCAGGGUAUUAAAAAUAGUGACAUUAUUGCCAAAUUAGAAAAUGGUGAACGUUUGCCGUUUCCCAACAAUUGUCCACCGCGAUUGUAUUCGUUGCUGUCACAAUGUUGGACCUAUGAGCCAUCGAAAAGGCCCAAUUUUAAGAGGAUUAAGGAGACACUAUAUGAAAUUCUCAUAGAGGAACGGGCUGCCGGUUUUGAUACCAUGAACAAGGAGAAUUCUGGAUUCUUUUCCAUGCACAAUAGUAACAGUGAUUUGGAUAUGCCACCGUCAAAACCAUCCAAGACACCACAAUUGGUGGGUGACAACUCCAAAUUCUCCUCCAAUGCUGCGGAUAAAAAUUCCAGUGCCCUCAGUCCCCAAACCUAUAUUAUAGCACAAAAUCCCGAAAUAUUGGCCCGACUCAUGAAGGAAAAUGAAAAUCGUGGCAUUAAUCCAGCAGCCUAUACAACACCUGCCUCGGUAUUUAAUACAUUAGCUGUAGACGUAGAUACAACCAAGACCACCAAUAAUGAUAUAGCUUUAAAGACAAGUAAACUUCCCGUUUCGGAAUUUCUCAAGUUAGACAAUACAAUAACGCGCGAAGAGAAGGCUGUGGCCUUGCAUAGGCUACAACAGGACAAACAACAGAUGAUGCAAAAGACAAAUAGUACAGCGACGGAGGCGGCAACAAUUCAACACCAACAAAUGCAAAAUAAAAUGGUUGCUGCCGAUUGCCAUCAACAACAGCAACAGAAAAUGGUCUAUCCUCAUGCCCAUUGUGGUGGAGGUGGUGGUGUUGGUGUGGUAAGGCCACAAUUUAUACCCCACAUCCACGACGGCGGAGGAGGACACAUGCCUCCGGGUUUUACCACCACUAUGAUGCCACAAUUUGUUAUGGUUCCCGAAAGUAUGAUCCAUAUGCCCCAUUCCAGUCUUACGGCUGGCAAAUCAGCCUCUUUGGGCCAGGAAGAACGUAGCCAAAUGAUAUAUGAUUUUGGCCGCAAUCCACCCAUUAAUCGGCACAUUCCCCAGGCCACCCAUUGUGGCAGUUUGGAACGGAAUAUUAUGCCACCACAUUUUCAAAAUAAUAACUGUACUCGGUCCAUUGGUGGCUCAUUGGAACGUAAUAAAUCUCUGAUAAAUCCCUUAAAUGCUGGUCCACGCAAGUGUGUACCACGCAGUGCUAGUUUAGAGCGUUCUGCUCACAAUAGUCGUGAUUUUCCCAAAUCAUAUUCGCGAUCAGGUAGUUUAGAGGCUUAUUCGUCCUUUUUGGCCUUUAAGAAUCACAUGAAAAACUCGCCCGAAUAUAAGGCAUUUGAGGAAGAGAUUUAUGAUGUGUGUCCAGCAAGUAGACCUCAAAUGGCAGCAGCGGCGGUGGCAACGUCAGGUAUGCCGGGACAAUUGUAUACUCCCAUGGCACCGGGAAAUGGUUUUAUUUAUGGCUAUGAUCCACAGAGAAUAAAUCAACAGCAGCAGCUCCAGCAACAACACAUGGCCCAAAGUAUGAGUGCCACCGGCCUAACACAACAACAACAAAUACCAGGCAAUACCAUGAUGUCUGGUCAUCAACAGGCUCCAUUGAGUAUGGAAAUGAUGCCUCCUCCAACCGCUUCUUCGUCUUCUUCAUCGAUGGAAUCAGAAAUUAAAAACAGCAAUUCAAUGUUACAUUUGGUGGAGAAACCCCGCAAGACUUCCCUUAGCCGUGAUGUGGAUACACCAAAUCAACAUCAUCCUCAUCUGCAACAACAACAUCCAGCCCAACCACCCACCUCCUCGUCAUUGUGUUCAUCAUCAUCGUUGACGGACAACAACAUCAACAAUAGUUCUUCCAGUUUAAGUGACAACAAUUGUUAUCCUCCUGCUCCUCCUUCGCAAUCGAAUACCCAAAUAAAAACUAAUAACUUAGCACAUCGUCUAAGUACAAUGGCAAUGAAAGAUCGGCAAUUGUUAUCCGCCACCGAACAACAACAUCAACAGCAGCAACAGAAGAAUAAUAUGGGUGGUAGGCCAAGCCUAAAUCGUAAUAAAGAUGCCGUCUACAUAGCCACAACAAAUGUGGUGAAGGCCAUUAUUACGCUGUCGCAAGAGGUGGGCGAACACAAGAGUAACAAUUUUUUGGAAUUGGUUAAGAAUAUUGGAUUUGAAUUGCGUAAACUUUUGCAAUCGGUGGAUCAUUUGUCACCCAUUAUACCAGGCGAAGCCUAUAAAGAAGUGGAAAUGGCCCACAAAGUAUUGCCCAAGGAUAUGCAUGAACUGGUGGCAGCCAUGAAAUUGGCUCAACAAUACAGUGAUACUACAUUAGAUGUAGAAUAUAAAAAAGGCAUGUUAUCGGCUGCUCAUGUUUUAGCUAUGGAUGCUAAAAAUCUAUUGGAUGUUGUAGAUAAUAUACGACAGCGUUAUGAAACGCUGUUUCUUGAAUAUUUCGAACAAAAUGAACCGCCACCACCCUCCUUGACCGGUGUCAGGGCAUUUAGAGCCUCAUGA